AUGGACUUCACUGGCUUACAUUUUUCAUCACUUUUACUCUCACUCCCACAGCUGGGGCUGUCAUUAGAAGACCUUGAAGAAUUUGAGUCAGAUGCUGGUCUUGGAAAUGGCGGAUUGGGCCGACUGGCUGCUUGUUUUCUAGAUUCGAUGGUUAACUUGAAUUUAGCUGCAACUGGCUACGGAAUUCGCUAUGACUAUGGAGUUUUUGAACAGACUCUUCGAGAUGGAUGGCAGGUCGAGGAGCCGGACGAUUGGUUACGCUACGGUAACCCCUGGGAACGGCAGCGACAAGAGUUGGCAACCCCUGUGCAUUUUUACGGUCGUGUAGAAGUGGAUAGUGAGGGCAGAAGAAGAUGGGUCGACUGUCAGACGCUGUUCGCGGUGCCUUACGAUACUCCAGUUCCCGGCUACUUGACCAACACCUGCAACACCUUGCGUCUAUGGGCGUGUCGUGCACCCCGCAAUUUUGAUUUUUCAAUUUUCAAUACUGGAGACUAUAUUAAUCAAGAAUUCAUGCUAGUCUCAGCGACCAUGCAAGAUAUUCUACGUCGAUUCCAAAUGGUUGAUGACAAUGGCCCACAGCGUACGGAUCUGAGUCGCUUGCCGGAGAAGGUAGCGGUUCAGUUGAACGAUACACAUCCUUCUCUGGCGAUUCUAGAACUGAUGCGCCUAUUAGUCGAUACAGCUAGUUUGGAGUGGUACAAGGCAUGGGAUAUCACAGUUCGUGUAUUUGCCUAUACAAAUCAUACCAUUUUACCGGAGGCCUUGGAACGCUGGCCUGUCGCUAUGCUGGAACAUAUUUUACCACGUCAUUUGGAGAUUUUGUACAAGAUCAAUUUUGACUUCCUUGAACUGGUUAAAAAACGCUACCCAAAUGAUAAAGAGCGUUUGCGGCGCAUGUCCAUGAUUGAAGAGACCCCGGUCAAAGCUGUGAAUACAGCUAUUCUCUGUUUGGUCGGAUCACAUUGUGUCAAUGGAGUAUCUGCGAUUCACUCGAACAUUAUAAAGAAAGAUACGUUUAAGGAUUUCGCAGACCUCUGGCCGCACAAAUUUCAGAACAAAACAAACGGGAUCACACCUCGGCGUUGGUUGUUGCUGUGCAACCGUAAACUGGCCUCUCUGAUCUCGACCAAACUGGAUGAUGAAUGGGUGACUGAGUUGAGUAAAUUGGCCGAAUUGAAACGCGAAGCGGACUCAAAAGAUUUUCUCCAAAAAGCCUUACAAGUGAAAGCUUUCAACAAAAGACGCUUGGCCCAGCUCCUCAAAGAAGAAUUCGGUGUUGAUGUAGAUCCAAAAUCGUUAUUUGACGUCCAGGUGAAACGAAUUCAUGAAUACAAACGUCAAUUAUUGAACUGUCUUCACAUUAUCACCUUGUAUAAUAUCAUACGAAACAACCCGAACACGGAUAUCUGUCCGCGCACCAUCAUGAUUGGUGGCAAAGCUGCACCCGGGUACUAUAUGGCUAAAUUGAUCAUUAAACUGAUCAACAAUGUGGCCACGGUGGUCAAUUCCCAUCCCCAGGUGUCACGAAAGCUCAAGGUGAUCUUCCUAACAAAUUACCGCGUUUCACUGGCAGAAAUAGUGAUUCCCGCAGCAGACCUGUCUGAGCAGAUUUCCACAGCCGGCACCGAAGCCUCGGGCACAGGGAACAUGAAAUUCAUGUUAAAUGGCGCUUUGACGAUCGGCACGAUGGACGGAGCUAAUGUUGAGAUGUUUGAAGAGGUUGGGGCAGAGAAUAUGUUCAUUUUUGGUCUCAGAGUGAAUCAAGUAGAAGACUUGAAAGCACGCGGCUAUCGACCUCAAGAUUAUAUUGAUCGAAAUCCGAUGCUAAAAUUAGCUCUUGAACAGAUUCGUGAUGGACAUUUCUCGCCCAACAAUCCCACACUGUUUCAAGAUAUUUACAAUUCGAUUGCUCAUUCCGAUCGAUACUUUUUAUGCGCGGACUAUGAAGACUACAUGCGAGCUCAACGUGAUGUCAACCAAACGUUCAAGGAUCAGAUGCGCUGGGCUCGGAUGAGUGUACUGAACACUGUCAGCAGUGGGAAGUUUUCGUCCGAUCGAACAAUUGCCGAAUACGCCACUGACAUUUGGGGUGUGAAACCGGAACGGCACGUGGCUCUCCCACCCAGUAUACCUCGUACGGCUGAACAGUCGGCUUCACCGCAUCGGCGCUCAUCUGUUCGACGUGCAUCACGUCGUGAUGGAAUGCCUACUUCACCAAAUACUCCAGUCAACCAGGCCCAAUUCGACUAUGCUUACGAUUGA